UGUAUGAUUGAGUAGGAAUAUGUCCCAAUGCUUAUUAGAUUAGGCAUGGCAGUGUCAAAAGAUUAUAUGUUAAUAAGGAAACAUGAUGGGGUUAAUUUAGGUGCAAUGUUCUGCUAGAGCAAGCCAAGAGUAUCUUAUCACAAACAACACCCGUUGCCAAAACCCUACCCAGUCUCUUUUCUUAAUGGCUGCUGUUGAGACCAGCAUCAUUCUCUCAAGAGAGAAAGAAAGAAACCUGGAAAUUUUGAUGUUUCAGGUAUGGCAAGGAGAAGGGUUAUGAGACUUCAUAGCAAACCUAUAUUAGUAACCAGUGGUAAAGAUGACCAAAAAUAUUAAUAAUGAUUUAUUAUUAAUGGCAGUAAAAUAUUUAUAUAGCUGACACUCAAAAGAAUAUGACAUAUAUAGCAGUAUCAACUGUUCUUGGGAGUUGUGAUGAAUGGAACAAGACAGGUGAUGAUACGCACUUAAGAAUAGAAAGAUCAGUAGACUGAUGUGGAUGCACUUACGUGGCAGCAAUAAAGCACUGAGAUGACACGUGUGCGGCAACACAUGGAAGAGGCUGUUGUGCACAGGAAUGCUGCGAGCUAAAGGAACAUGUGAGUGUGGGACUGACCGAGCUAGGGAGCAGCUGGAUGAAGAAGAGGUAGGGAGGAGUUGAAAGCAGCACAAGGAGAGGUCCUUUUCAGAAUAAAUUGGGUGGAGUAGGACCAUGGAGAGGCAGCAGCUGAUUCAACAGCACACAUGGUUGCACCGGCAUUCAGUACAGUGGAACUGUGUCUACAGGUUCACGAGGAUUUGUAUGUAACCGCGACAGGGAUCCAAUAACAGCCCCCAUGUGAGCAGUGCCACCAACUUCCCCGUUAUCUCCUUCCUAAUUCAUCGACAACAGCUACAGCUCAAUCAAACCCUAGCAGAAGCUGAAGACAAAACAAAAGAAGGAAAUAAAGUUCAUCGUUCGGAAUCAGUAUUAUGUCUGAGGAUGGGUGGUGGUGGUGAACAGAAGAGAAAGCAUGACAAGCAGAAAUGAGAGAGAGAGAGAGAGAGAGAGAGAGAGAGAGAGAGUUUGGGGAGUCGUGGAGCCAACGGAGCUCUUGAACGUAACUGUAAAAACGGUUCAACAACGGGCACAGGGAACGACCAAAGCUCGAUUAGCAGGGAAGAAUUGUUCAUGGCCAACGGCAGCAGAUAAGAGAAGGUAAAAGGAAGAUAAAGAGAAGAGAGGAUUUGGGGAGUGUUAGGUCGAGUUGUGAUGUCAAUCCAUCACAUUGUUCCUCCUCUUUGUUUUGUCUUGGAGUUCCUUGAGUUUUAACUUCCUUUCAACCCAGCGGUCUGCCCCACUCCAAUAUGGAGGAAUCGAUCAACUCGUCAUCUGUGGACGGCGCGCCCGGCUCCAAGGUUGGCUCAGCUUCUUCCGAGGAGAGUGGCUGGACCAUGUACUUGGAGGACUUCAUGGCAUCAGAGGAGAAGCAAGAAGCGGGUGGCUUCUACUCCAGCGCUGUCAAUGGGCCUUCUGCGAUCUCCGAUGCUGCUUCGUGUGUUGCAUGGACGCCGUUGAGUCUGAAGAAGAGGAAACGGAAGGGGCUACUAGAAGAUGACUCCUUGGAAGAUACUGCUAUCUCACCUGCUAGUAGCUCCAAGGUUACGGAUUUAAAUUACUUGACCAUGAAUCCAACCAAGAAAGAUGAUCACAGGGAAACACCUCAGGAGGGCGUUGUUGGCUCUAGGAGUAGCCAAGAACUAAAUGGAUUGAGUUCCACUGAGAGGAAGAAUGAAUGCACUGAGCAGAAGAAAAAUGGGGUUUGUCUAGUCCCUUUGUCCAUGUUAGUUCACUAUCUAGGCUAGAGUUUUAGCUGUUGUAGUUCAAGAAGAAUAUGGUAGAUUACCAUAGAGAGGAGUUCCUCUCUGUUCCUGUAUUUGUGCAGAUGCAUAGAUCAUGUGUGUGGUUUUUAUAAGGGAGCUUUUGGUGUUCACAUCAAAAAAAAAAUAUAUUUGCUUGUGCAGUUUUUGUGA